GAAGAGAAAAGGGUCAGCGCCCAUUUCUCUGAAUGCUGGUAUUUAAAACGUCAGUGUCUACUGGAACUAGAGCGUCAGAGUUAAGGUUAGGUGGCUAAGCAUCUGGUGGCUGGAACAGAAGCGGAGAAGUGGGUGAGGAUGUCUGCGCGUGUGCCGAAGAAAGGUGGGAAGAAGCUGAUCGCGGAGGGUGCGAAGAAAGCCGAUAAGAAGCGCAAGAGGAGCCGCAAAGAGUCUUACUCGAUUUAUGUCUACAAGGUGUUGAAGCAGGUCCAUCCGGACACGGGCAUUUCUUCUAAGGCCAUGAGUAUUAUGAAUUCCUUCGUGAGCGAUCUCUUCGAGCGCAUCGCCUCAGAGGCGUCCCGCUUGGCUUUAUACAACAAGAGAUCGACUAUCAGCUCCAGAGAGAUCCAGACCGCGGUGCGCCUGCUCUUGCCUGGAGAGUUGGCGAAGCAUGCUGUGUCGGAAGGCACUAAGGCUGUCACCAAAUAUACCAGCUCUAAGUAAAGCCUUGCGUCCUAUACCUGUGCUAAGGUGAA